AUGGGCUCUUUUAGAACGUUAGAAAUGAUAGUCAUACAAAAUAUAUCAGAGGCAGUCUUUGUGGGACUGUGUCGUAAAAUGGGGACCUCAAAAAUUGUGGCCAUGAGGAGAGAUGUAAUGGACAUCAAUGAGAUGGUUAACAAUCACAUUUUCACAAGUGAAGAGGGCAGUACUAUGGUAAGUGGAAGUGAAAGAGAAGGAUUCAGACUGAAAGGAUCAGAUUGGGACAUUAUGUGCUGGCCAAAUAAUCACCGUGUGAUCUGGGAAUUAUCUCAGUCUCAGUAUUACAACACACACAGACAAACACUGAUCCUCUGUGACUAUUCCGAUAGUCCACCAGGAUUCACUUUGUUAUAUUUACUGUCACCUACCAUGGACGAAGAUAUUCAGAGAGCUUGUGUAAGAAGGUAUAACAGAAAUUAUAUAUCUAGUUCUAUAUACAGACAGAUCAUCUGUAAUGUUUCAAAGAAUCAUUCAAUUCAACAUGGACCCUGUGCCAGUGGAACAAUUUUAACAUAUGAAUUUGAUUUAGCCGCAUGCUUUGUUAGUGAUUUUUGGCCUACAUCUGCCUCUUCAUGGAUAGACAGAUGUCAUUCAUGGCCCUUACCUUAUGUCGUUGAUGGUAUAUUAAAAAAUGGAUGUCACUUUGUAGCAAUCGGACACAAGCUAGGAAGACACGAAGACCAUGAAUGGAGAAUUUCCUUCUCUCUGGCAGAACAAAAACUAGUGUAUUCAAUGAAUCACAGCCAAUUUUUAACUUAUGGCUUACUGAAAUUGUUCUUAACAGAAAUGAUAAACAAUGGAGUAGGUGAUGGUGAUAAAUUACUGUGUUCCUAUCACAUGAAAACUUCAGUUUUCUGGGUGAUUCAACAAAAUACAAUACCUCAUUGGUGUCCACAAAAUCUCCUGGUGUGUUUCUGGGUCUGUUUUAAACUCAUUCUCAAAUGGGUGUAUGAUGGGGUAUGUCCUAACUUUUUCAUUCCAGAAAAUAACAUGUUUCUGAGUAAAAUUCAUGGCGACAAACAACAUCAACUAUUUAUUAGAUUGUAUGGGAUGUAUGAAAAGGGUUUAGCAUUCCUGCUACAAUGUCCCUCCUUUAGGACUUAUAAUAUCGAUGUCCUUCAUAACCCUAGACUCUCCAUCUGUACAGAUGAAAAUACUCUGAUUCCUGAGAUUGAUUUUGAUCAAAAGCUAUAUCAUGAAAUGCAACGCAAUAACAUGAUACGGAAACUGGACAUACAAAGAUGUAUGAAAUAUCUACAUACAAUAGAACAGAUGAUAGGUUCACCCCUCGUAACGCAGUAUCAAGUGCUGAAGCUACAGGAACUUACAGCUAAUGUCCUUCAGCAAACUGCAUUUAUUUUAUACAUGGAAACUUACACACAUUUAAACAAAAUGAGUUAUAGAGUUGGCAAAAUGUCCUGUUAUAUGCUGAAAAUAGCAGCCAAGUUUGGUUUUAUUACUGACAUGAUGUACAUAGCCAUGUAUUAUUAUAAUACACUUAGAUACAUAGAAGCUUUAUCUAUUAUAGGGAUGAUCAAGGUCAAUUUAGCACAGCCUUAUGUAAUGUAUGGGUAUAAUGUAGAUACAGAGAUGUAUACUGAGGCUGUAGGGGGACAGUCCUGGUCUACAAAGAUGAGACAGGCUGUAGCUGGGGAUAUUAUACUUAACAACAAAAUCCAUUACAUCAAUGAAUUGAUACCAGAACAACAGUCUGCUCUACAGAAUAGUUUCUUUUCGUUAUGUAUCCCAUCCUAUAUACUGUUAGACAUGCUAGAGAUUUUGUGCUACAGACAUGUAGACACAAUGAGCGCACAAACAGCUCUAGAUAAUCUACAAGCUCUAGUUCACAAUGAUCAGGGACAGUCUAUACCUGAAAUUCACAGAAACAUAUCGUGGCAGAUUCUGGGGAUCUGUCAACAGGUGACAGGGAACCUCCAGGCUGCUCUAUACUCAUACCAACAAUCUCUCAGACAAAUCUCAUUCCAUAAAAUACAAACAGCUACAGAAAUGAGAAUACAGGGAAUUUGUCAAUUCAAUCCCUCAGGUAUAUAA